AUGGAACCGGUUACAGAAUUCAUAGAUUGUUUCGGAUAUGCGGAUCCUGGAAAUAUAUAUACAAAUUUUGGUACAUGCGUAGAAAAGAAUAAAUGUAAUGACGCGUCACGACAAAUAAAGACAGAAAUGGAGAGCAUAUUAAGCAAUCAUGGCAUUCCUGAAAACUCAAGGAAUGGAAUUCUGGAUACGUGGUGCAGUAUACGUACAAUAAAAAAAGGAAGUGAACCAAAAGGGUUUGAUUGUUCUUUUCUAUAUUAUUGGUUAGGAAGUAUAGUGUCGAGCACGGUACAGAAUCAUCAGGAGUUUAUGAGUAUUAUGGGAGAAAUAUAUAGGAAGGUGAAAGAGGUUAGUAAUGUCCGGGAUUGCGGAAAUCCAUGGCCUAAUAUAACGAAGGAGCAGUUCGAGAAUUUAGACAAAUUAUACAAACAUACGAAAAGUUGUGAAUACAUGAAGAGUAAAAUAGAACAGCACGGAAAAAAUGGAAUCUGUUUCUCCCAAUAUAAGGAACUCCUGGAAGGUGUUGUAAGGGUCUAUAAUAAAAUGAAAAAGCAUUGUGCAUGUAAUAAUGAGGAUGAUUAUUGUAAAGAAUUCAAGAGGGUAUUCACAGAUGGGGAGAUUUCAAAACUAAAGGAACUAAUGCAAAAAUUAAGUAUGACCUCACAGAUUCCGAAGGAAACAGUAAAAACGUGUAUUCCUGCAGAAAUUCCCAAGACAUUGUCACUUCCAGAACCAGAACAGCAACGGGAACAGCAACAGGAACUGGAGAAUGAAGCAUCAGUUGAAUCCACGUCAAAAAAGGAAACCCCUACGGACAACACCCCCGCUAUUGCUAUCGCUUCUGCUGGACUUGCAUUCGUGGGAUUCCCAACUGUUCUAUUCCUUGCAUAUAAGGUAUAA